AUGAUGCCAAAAGAUUCCGCACGUGUUAGAGAGGGUGGCCUACUGACUGCACCUCUCCAGGAGCGAUUCCACGCAAUCGCUUGCGAAGCUUGCAGGUUGAAAAAAUGCAAAUGCGACCGUAGAAUUCCAUCAUGCUCUCAAUGUCAAUCUGCUUCGACCGCAUGUCAUUACCAGGAAGGUGGAAAACGCGGCCUACCUGCUGCUUACAUCAAAGCUCUUGAGGAGCGACUGGCAGCAACGGAAACCGCACUCUCUGCCACCCUCAUCGCCACUCGGAACUCAGCCGCCGAACAUAACAUAGAUGCUCACUUAAACAGCGCAGGCUCCAAUUCGCCACUACGACAACGCUCAAAGGCAGAGAAAAUGGAAGAUUGGAAGCAUUUGCCGCUGCAGACACGCGAUCAAUUGAUGGCGUGGCUUCAAGCCCAAGAGGAUGAGGGUCUGGCAGCAACAACAGCAUCUCGAACAGAGUGCAAUGAAUCAACACAUGAGCUCGAAAUCCAUGCUGCAGCACCACCAAGAGCGGUUCUGGAGCAGCUCGAGACUUGCAAUCAGCCAAUAGUCCCAAAUGCUUUGGAUGGCUCCCCGGAUUCUAGGCAAUGGAUAGAAAAUUACUUCUAG